UUUUUUUAAUCUCUAUUUAUUUAUCUUUAAAGCAAUGAAAGGGAUAGAAAACGUUUUCAAAACCACCUUGCACUCCCUAGAACACCUGGCAAUUUCUGCAAACUCUCGGAUACAACAUACUCAGCUACCAGAAUCUGUCACACUCGAAAGUGUCCCUAGCAACCAGCCGCAAUGGGCUGACCCCCCUCAAGCCAUGUCCAACACAACAUAUUACGACAACUGCAACGGUCCUUGUUCUAGACUAGUUUACCCAGAUCCCGAAACAGGAGAUCUGGUAUACCCACCUUACAACGAAAAGGGUGAUCGCAUAAUUGAUUUCUCAGGUGCAGGUUACAAUGAGGGCAGGACAGAUCUUCCAUCAUUGCAAGAAGUGCCUGUUGUCAUUGCACUCGAACCCGUCCAGAAUACCCUCGAUGACUCUGGAAGAAUCCAGAAUGCCCUAAACGACAUUGCAAACUUUCCUGAACUUCCAAACGGGUUCAAGGGAGCCCUUCAACUCAACAAAGGCACAUACUAUCUCUCAAAGCCAAUUGAAAUGAAUGCUUCUGGGGUGGUUCUCCAAGGAGACCCUAAUGGUGGUACUGUGCUGGUAGCAACAGACGCAAUGUCCCCUCUUGACACGCCGUAUUUGAUCAAGGUCUCUGGGCAGCCAAACGCUAUGGCCAGAAAACGGGUGCCAAUUGCGGAUGAGUAUGUGCCGGUCGGACAUUAUCAAGUCCGGGUCACGCAGAGCAAGAGAUUCAAGCAGGGUGACACAGUAGUGGUGGGAAUCGGAUUCAAUGAAAACUGGAUUGAGGCCAUUGGAAUGCAUGAUAUUCCAGCCAAACCAGGCCAGAACAGCAACAAUGGAUGGAGACCCGGUCGGUUUGAACAUCACCGCCGGCUGGUCCGCGUCGAAGAAGACGGCAGGCUAUUGACCUUUAACGAACCCCUGACGACCAGUCUUGCAAAGGAAUAUGGCGGCGGCUACGUCGAGGCGUAUCAGAAUAUGCGGGUCCAGCGGGUAGGAAUCCAGCAUCUCGAAUGCGUAUUUCCGGCAAACAAGUCAAGAGGACCCGAAGAAAUGAUGAAAACAGAAAAGAAAAAGGUCAAGGAUUAUCGAUUCACAGCCGAAAUGUUUGACCAUCUGUUGAUAUUUAUGGAUCACGCCGAGAAUUGCUGGGUACGUGGUGUGAAGUCUGUCUGGUGGAGAAACUUUGCCAGGCUGGGUACAAAUACAGUAGCAAUCACACUUCAGCAAUGUUACCACACAUUUCCACAACCACCACCGCCAAAUCCCAAGAAGCCGGCGUUUCUUGCUGGUCAGUUUGCCUUUGAGAUAUCUGGGCAACUGGUUCUUAUUGAACGCUGCCAUGCAGAAUACAAUUUCCACGCUUAUUCCUACAAGGGAAGAGUACCUGGUCCAAAUGUUGUAUAUCAAAGCGAUGCUGUAGCAAAGAAUGGGGAUGUCGGACCUCACAUGAAAUGGUCUUCAGGACAGCUGUAUGACAACUGUAAUAUUGAAGGACAAAUUCUUAUUCAAGACCGAUUUGACGCCGGAUCUGGCCACGGAUGGUCAGGAGCAAAUUCAGUUGUAUGGAAUACGAUUGCCCAUGGAGGAAUGGUCGUACAAAAACCGCCACUUGCCAACAACUUUGUAGUUGGAUGUUCCUCCAAGAAAGCAAAGGCACGAAGGCCCAGUCAUCCUUGGGGGUGGGAAGAGUCGCCCGAUGUCAAGGUUGAACCACCGAGUUUGUAUUUGGCCCAACUGAGAGAAAGGAGAAGGAUGAACACGGUUUGACUCGAGGAAUACAAAACCAGUAAUUUAUGUAUGCAUUGCAAAUUUAAAGAUCAAGAGAAAAAUACCCAACAUUAAUAAACAAAUAAGUAUUUCAUGAAAUCGUAUUGUAC